AUGGGGCACAGGAACCCCAGCCCGGGACCGCCCGAGGCCAGGGCCGGGCUCUGCUCCCUGCUCUAUAAGAGCCAGAGCCGCAUCCCGGGACAGGCUCCGAUCAUCCGGUACCAGCCGAUCGGGAACGAGCCGGGUCCUGCCGGCAGCGGCUGCAGCGAGUUCACUCUGGAGCCGACUGAGAGCAGCGCCCGCGCCGCCCGCCCUCACCCCAACGUGUCCCUGUCCCCCCCGGGCCACAGUGGGGCCGAGGGGCCCCGGGGACCCCAUGAGCGGCCCCUGCAGCAGCCGGGGGGGGUCUCUGCGGAGCGGGGCUCGGGCCCCGGGGAUGCACCGGAGGCCGUCACCGACCCCGACAUGGAGGCUUUGUUCGACGAGUGGCUGGGGCCAGAGUCCUCCCCGGAGCUGACGGGGCCGUCGCUGGCGCCGCCGCAGCCCCGGGGCCGCCCGUACCGGUUCGUGCUGCGGGACCCGGAGCAGCGGGGGCUGUGCCUGCGGGGGGGGCGCCUCGUGCCCCUCCCCCUGCAGGGAGCCAGCGCCCAGCAGGAAGAGCCCCUCAGUGCGGUGCCCAACCCGCACCUGCAGCGCCGGCGCUGCCCCCUCCUCGUGGGCAUCCGGGGGGGCAGCCGGGCCCUGGCCUGUAGCCCCGGCCCCGAGCCCCGGCUGCAGCUGCUGGAUGUGGGGCUGCUGGAGCUGUUCUCGCGAGAGGAGAGCGCCGCCCCCUGCACCUUCUAUAAGAGCUUCGGGGGCUCCACGCACACGUUCGAGGCGGCCGCGAGCCCCGGGGCCUUCCUCAGCACCGGGGGGGGGCACGAGCUGGGCCUGGCCCCCCCCGACGGAGCCACCGCCUUCUACCUGCACCGGAUCUGA